ACUUAUACAAGUGACAUUGAGACUUUAUAAAUAAAAAAAAACUGCGUUUUUAAAUAAUAUUUGUCUAUAAACAAUUAAGUCAAUUUAGUGUUGUAUUUUAAACAAUUUAUUAACAAUGGAAGAAGAUGAUCAUGAUGAACUAUUGCAAUGCACCGAUGAUGAUUCUCUUUCAGAAACCGAAGAUCAAUGCCUUUCUAUAGACAAACCAGCUGAAAGUAGCGAUCAUAAUGUUUCUUAUUUCAACCAUACCAAAUUAGAAUUUAUUUCCACAAAAUUAACACUUAUUUUUUCGACUAGUGUCAUGUUAAUUCUGUUACCACUUUAUUUAGAUGCUAUAAACGUUGAUGGGAAUGCAUAUUCAUUAAUUUUGACCAAUACUUUUAUUUCUACAAUACUAUUUAUUGUUACAUUGGGUAUUGCAAAGUUGUUUUGUCAGAAGUAUCGAAAUGUCAAUGUAUUUAGUUUUCCAGUUAAGUUUUGGAAAUUGGUUCAGUUAUCCGGGUUGUAUUUUUCGUGUGCUUUUAUGAUAAUUUACGCUUUAGAUAGAAAAAGGGUGGUUUGUCAUUUACAGGAUCCAAUUAAAGGAAUUGUCUUGGUGUUUUCAUUGCUGUACUAUUUCUUUUUUUGUAGAAAAUUGAUGGGUCUUCAAAGAAUAUUUUCUGCUACAACAAUAGUUGUUGGUAUUUUUAUCACUGUAGAUUAUGGCCUGUGCGAUGAAUUUAGAUGCAGAGGUUAUGAAAGGGAGAAAAUUUCUGAUGAUUCAGGACCCUGGAAUGGUGAAAAUCAUGCACUUUGGACUACAGUGUACAUUGCAGGAUUGGCUAUUUUUGCAGCAUAUUUUACUUUACUCGAUCGAUAUGUGUUGACUUGUAAUAACUCUAAUGACCAAAAUGUUAAUAUACCAUCAACAUUCCUUAGUACCGUCUCGAGAUCUGUUUCAUUUCCUAACACUAUUAGCUGUUCACCACCUCAACUAAUUGGAAAUAGUACUAAUAAUAAUCAAAAUUUGACAAAAAUUCAGUCUGUAGUACAUUUAGCCAUGUGGAUACAUAUAUUUGGUUUUGUAUUUACUUUGAUGAUGUUUUGGACUGAUAUUAUACCAGAGAUUGGUAAAGAUGAAAACAUUAAUGAUUUCUGGAAUCACACCACCAAAGGUAUAAUUUGUCAUUUUCAAAAACCACAACCACCCUCCACGGCCAAUUUACAUGGUGGGCAAUUUCCAUGCGGUAAUGUUUUUAUGUUUUCAUGGUUAUUUAUGUGUUCUUACAUUCUAUUUGUGGUAAUGUCGAUGAAGUUUUUAAUUUUAACCCAAUCGGCGGUUUAUACAAUUGCUACGAUGUCUACUUCUCUUCCUUUUGUCAGUAUUUGGUGGUCUCUAUUCCAUGCUUCACCUACUACCAUUGGACUUCUUAUUUGGUCUCCGGCAAUAACUGGAGAACUCAUAUGUGCCAUCUUGGGCCUGCCCAUCAUGCUUGUGGGUCUGUUUUUGCUAUGCAAAGCUCACCUAAAGAAUUACCAGUUUUUGAAACAAAACGAUAGUAGAUAUGUCAUGACAAAUGAUGGUUAUGCUUAAGAAUAUUCUACUUAUGUGAUUUAUUUUAUUAUUUUUUUACCAUUAUAGAAAAUAUUUUUUAGUUGUACGAGGGACGGUGCUAAAGAUUGUGGAAAAUUUCCAUUUUUCACACAAUUAUAAACUUUAGUAGUACUCCUCGUAUAUAUUCAUUUUUUAUGCAAAAAUGGGUGUUGUGAUUUAUUUUUAAUAAUUUAUAGAAUAUAGGUAUGCAAUGGUGGGCGGGUGGUCUUUAAAACUUAUUGACCUCUUCAGUGAUAUGUUAAUGACUCACAGGAUGUCAAGAACGAUCUUUUUGGUAUAAUUAAUAUUUAUUCAUAACUAUAAAGGCAUCACAAUUAAAGAAAUUCAUCAAUCAAAAUGUUUUUGGAAAAAUCCUGUGAUGGUGACAAGUUUUCCACAUUAGAAAAUAUUUUAACAAAAUGGUUAAAGGCCACCCAUAAAUUUUUUUGCUCAUGUGUAACUAUUUUGUAUACUUUUUUUUAUGUGAUAUUUAAUUUUAUUUACUUUAAAAGAAGACCAGUCAAUUUUUUGAAUUCACAAAGCCAAACCAUGUUUUUUAAAAUUAAGACUGAUUUUGCAAUAGAAUAUCAAAUCAAACUCAUUUUUAAAUUUCGUGACUUUUUAAAAUUAUUUUUAUUUUUUUAACUUAAUGACAAUAGAAAAUUGAAUUUAUAUGCAGGGGUAUUUUGAAAAUUCUUAGUCAUAUUUCCAGGGAUUUUCAUCUUAGAUAAUUUAUUAUACAAGGUAUUUUUAGGAGUGUAUUUUAUUAAAAAAAAUUGAAUUUUUGUUGUCUAUAUACGAUACAACAAAAUAUUCCAAGAUAUUUGCUCAUAUACUAUUCCUAUUAGUG